CAGAAAUUUACCCCAGUUGAUAACUUUCCAUUGGCAAAUAUGACGAAUAUGACGAGAAAUAUUCUGAAUAGUCCCAUGGAGGGUAUUGAUGACGACUUGUGCAACUCACAGCCGUUGUCACAGCACAAUGCGCCAGGCGCAGAGCCUGUGGAGCGGAAGAAACGUACACGAACGGGAUGUCUCAACUGCAGUCGCCGGCGACGCAAAUGCGACGAGGCCAAACCGAUCUGUACAGGCUGCAAGCGACGGGGUGAUGAUUGUCAAUGGCGCAUGCUUGGAUCUUUUCGAGAAGCCAAUAUCAAGGUGCUGGGAUCGGACCAUCCCUCUAUGAGCCAAGGCGCAAACACCAACAAAAACAAGCGACCACGCAAAUUCAAGAUUCUGAAUGCUCUACCAAAUAAACCUCGGACGAGAGGGUUUUCUAAACGACCAUAUGAGGCCGCUUGUGACCGAUUAGAGCUAGAGCCGCACGGCUCUGCUUCUGGCGCAGCACCGAAAACUGCGGCCAUUGCUGAAACUCGUUCGAAUGAUCCAUUGCGGUCAGCGAUUGAGGAUUCUGGAUCCUCACCAGAGGUUCAUCAAGCGCCAUUGACCCCAUCCUCGAGGGGUGCGCAGGCCAAUUUGUUGCAUCACCAAAGCCCUUCAUCUUGUCACCACGAGCGCAGUGACGAAGCAGCCAAUAGUUCCCCAUCGGACGAACUGGCUAGUCCGCACCACUCAACCCAUCAAUAUGACAUCCAACACAACUCUGUCAUGGAUGAUACAUCUUCACAGGUCUAUGCCAACACAGGCCCGGAGUUUUUGGUUGAUGAUCUUGCGGCCUUGAGGGGUUUUACUCACCACGCGCAAAUUAACGCGUCAGUGACAGACUCAUAUUACAACGGGCCCUCUCCUCUUUUUGACAACAGCGUCUUCUCUGAUCCGGCAGGUCUUACAAAUGACGUCUUUUUACCUGGAUCAACUUAUGAAGCGUUACACACAACCUUGAGAAACCGGCAGCUAUGGACAGCCAGACCCGAUGGUCCCAGUCGUGCCAGCUCUCGAGGCUCAUACGCUCAUGCCCGUACGCCGACGGGCUAUAGUGACUCGGACUCAUUAAAUCGCGCGGAAAGGGAGCCUAAGACCGGAAGAUUCUUCCAGUUAUCUAUUGAAAGGGAACACGUUCUGUGGCAGAAUUACUUAACUGAGAUAUGCUCAUGGCUCGAUAUGUUUGAUAACAAUCAUCACUUUGCCUCUACAUUCCCACAGAUGGCGAAGACCGCACCUCAUUUGCGAUAUUCCUGUCUGGCAUUAUCUGCGCGUCAACUUGAAAGACAGCAAAAUGCUAAAUCUCAAUCGGAAAGUUUAUCACUCUACCAAGAAGCGAUCCACCUCCUAUUGCCGGAGCUGGAGAGCAAAACCACUCCUGUUAUUGCUUCUUGUGUUAUUUUGUGCGUCCUCGAGAUGUUGAGCUGUAAUCCCAAAGAGUGGCGACGACAUCUGGAAGGAUGCGCAUAUCUUAUACAAGCAGCUGGUAUUAACGGAUUCUCUGGGAAGGAAGAACAAGCGCUGUUCUGGUGUUUUGCACGCAUGGAUGUCUGCGGAGGUCUUAUCUCGGAAGAAGAAACCAUCAUCCCACUCCACAACUGGAGACCCCGAGACAUGAGCUGUAAUCAAGCAUCGCAACUCUUUCUCUCGUCCUCGAGUAGCGAUUUCGACACCUAUGCCAACUAUACCGUGUAUCUCUGCGCUCAAACGCUAGGUGUUCUUUUCGGACCUUCUUCCAACACUGCACAUCUUUGUACCCCCCUCCAGUCCAUCCCGGAAGAGGACGUCAAUUCAUACAUCCAUCGCUGGAGGGAGCUCUUUGAACAGGUCGAAAAGUGGUAUGAGAGUCGCCCAAGUCAAAUGAAGUCCAUCUUCACUGUCGCCCAGCCCGGGUGCUCGGGAAUGGACCAGCCAUUUCCAAUGGUGUUAUAUGGCAAUGGAGCAGCCAUCUCAGGAAAUCAACUGUACCACGUUUGCGCCCUAUUGUUGCUUCAACGCAAGCCUAAAACACUGUCGCUAUAUAAGAAGCCGAAAUCUGUCCUUUGGCAUGCUCGACAAAUAUGUGCUAUUUCGGCGUCUAAUACGCACCAUGGUUGUUGGACAAACGCGCUCCAACCCCUGUGGAUUGCUGGUCGAGUCAUGUCGCACUAUUCUGAACAUAUGGCUAUUGUAGAGACAUUGAUGAGAAUCGAGCGUGAAACCGGCUGGGCUACUGCAUGGCGAGUGGAGGACCUGAAAGACCUCUGGGGUGAUUAUGACAAUGGUGACGAUUGUGACAUGGAUGGGUAGCGACUCAGAUGAUUUAGUCCAAUAUUUCUGGGUGUGGAACAUGUAAAACUUCAGGUCUUGAUCCAAACCAGGCCCUUCUGCAGCUGACCGGCAUAUCGGGCAUGUAUGUACUCGAGAACCGACAUCGGCCGUUGGGCAUAUAUUAACCCAAUAUUUGUCACCGACCUCUGCCAAGCCUUUAUUGUUGAUCAGCGACCGCAUGAUCGACUGCCGUACUGCAUUUUACCCUUCUAUCAGGUCGGCACAAGCCAUUUGCAUUACAGUAUACCAGUCACCCCCCUUUACAGUCAGUGAUUUCGGAUAGAUAUCCACAGAUUGUUCUAAAUAUAAGCUUUGCUAUC